UCACAGCUCUGUGUUGUUAUUUUCAGGCCGUCUGUAUCAGGUGGAGUAUGCCAUGGAGGCCAUUGGUCACGCCGGCACCUGCCUGGGGAUUUUAGCCAAUGACGGAGUCCUGCUGGCUGCAGAGAGGAGGAACAUUCACAAGCUGCUGGACGAAGUGUUUUUCUCAGAGAAAAUCUACAAACUAAACGAAGACAUGGCGUGCAGCGUUGCAGGAAUCACUUCAGAUGCCAACGUUCUGACCAAUGAGCUGAGACUUAUAGCACAGAGGUACCUGCUGCAGUACCAGGAGCCCAUCCCCUGCGAGCAGCUGGUCACGGCGCUGUGUGACAUCAAACAGGCCUACACUCAGUUUGGAGGAAAGCGUCCCUUCGGAGUGUCUCUGCUCUACAUGGGCUGGGACAAACACUACGGCUUCCAGCUGUACCAGAGCGACCCGAGUGGAAACUACGGAGGCUGGAAGGCCACCUGCAUCGGGAACAACAGCGCUGUGAGUACCACCGGAGGAAUGAAGGGAAUAUCGUUCAGUCAGACAACUCACGUGUUUCUUAAUAUGUUUAUUAGAAGCAGCGUAUAGUUUGAGUUUGGCGUCU